AUGAUCGGUGCCACAAGGCGCUGGUUCAAGCGCAAUCGCAAAGGUCUUGCGAUCGGAGCUGGCGUGCUGGGCGCUGGCUACCUGGCCGGUCAAUAUGUGCUAUCUAAGAUCUCUGAAGCGCGAGAGCGCAUGAGCAGUGAUAGAAUUGCUCGAGAGAAUCUCCGACGACGCUUCGAACAGAAUCAAACCGAUUGCACAUUUACUGUCAUUGCACUUUUACCGACCGCUACGGAGAACCUUGUUGAGGCGUUGCCGGUCGAGGAACUGACCAAGGAGCUUCAGAAGAAGCGGGCGGAGAGGCUGGCGCGACUCAAUGCGGGGGAAACAACGGGGUCGGAUAUGAGCUCUGUCGCGCCAAGUUUGCCAGAGGAUGAUCGAAAGAGUCUUUCCAGCUUUCAGAGUGAGGGAUAUGUGCAUACGAGUCAGCUGGGAGAACCUGUGGAUUCCGAUGGACAACCUCGUGUUAAGCGGAACAAGACACAGCUAUGGAAUGAAGUUAAGAUCACCUCUAUUACUCGCUCCUUCACGAUGGUGUACGUCCUCUCCCUCUUGACCAUCUUUACCCGUAUUCAACUCAACCUCCUCGGUCGCCGCAAUUACCUCUCAAGCGUCAUUUCUCUUGCUACUCCUGCCGAUAACUCGAUUAUCAGUCUCGAAGAUCACGAUGAUGAUCUCACACAAACUCUUGGCGAUGAUAUAUCUACGAACCGCCGCUAUCUUGCUUUCAGCUGGUGGCUGCUUCACCGCGGAUGGAAGACUCUGAUGGAGCGAGUCCAACCAGCCGUAGAGGAGGCAUUUGGUCCCCUCAACCCACGUGAAGAUAUCAGUCUGUCUAAGCUAUCUGAAUUGACUCUCCAAAUCCGAAAGACGAUCGAAGGAAACACAGAGGAAGAGCGACGAUCCAAGAAAUGGCUGUCUGCCCUACUGCCACCUACAGAAGAGGAGGACUAUGUACUUCGCGAGUCUGGUGUCGAGGGUGUAGCCGACCCCUCAUCUUCGGAGACUGCAUCCAAGUUGCGCCAUCUUCUAGACGAGACUUCCGAUCUCAUCGAUUCCCCAUCAUUCUCAUUCGUCCUCACCCUUCUUCUCAACGAGGGGUUCUCCACUCUGAUCGAUACCAAAUGUGCCAACGAGGCCUUCAAAGCUUCCGCCCCAGCUCCCGAGACAGCACCCCAGUCAUUCGACUCUAUGGCCACAGUUGUUCCACCUCCUGUCCUUGAGCGAAAGACGAAGCUCGCUAACCUCUUGGCUGUGAUGGCUCGCCAGGUCCAUGUGAUUGGUCAUGGACCUAUGGGUCCCAACGAGUAUCUCGAGGUAAUGGACAAGAAUGUGCGCGAGCUGGAGGCCUUUUCCGCCGUGAUCUACAGCUCAAACUUUGACCUUGAGUUACUUGGUGCCACUCGCCAGAAUGCAGGCCCUGGUGCAGAUUCAAUGGAUCCUAAUUCUUCGGCUGCUUUCUCUGCUGUGUUGGUGGAUAGCGAACCUGAGAGCCCGCCUGCUCGGGAUCUAGCUGAGAGUACCCCUGUUCUGAUUGAUUUUGAGUCUCGAGUCACGGAAAUCACCGAUAUUACAGAGGAUAUAGAGGCCGCGGAGGCCACGGAAGUUACUGAGCCUACCGAAGAGGUCGAAGUUUCCACUCCCGCUCCCGCAGAGACGGCUGAAAUUUUAUCAAAAGAGCUUACACCUGAAGAAUCUUCAGCUGAAGAACCGGCAGCUGAAGCUGAAUCUGCUUUUGAGGCAGCCUGGGGCAAAGCUGUGGAUGAUGGAAGUGUCACGUCAGAGAAGGAGGUUUAA